ACACCCAAUGAAAAGCUGAGGGAGGGACAAAAAAGUCGAGACUGGAAGUGCUCAAUGUACCAUAAGGCCAAGUGCCGGGCCCGCCUGGUUACUCGCAUCACCGGUGGAGGGGAUAUUAUACACGUGACCAGCAACCUGCACACACAUCCCACAAUGUACACCACGCAGAAAACAGACAUUAGCGUGGUUGACCAGAAACUGUGCCUCGAGAGGAAUCCACUCUGCGUUAACACUCGAUCGAUUAAAAUGUAGAUCAAGUAAAGCACGCCCGCCGACUGAUUACUGGUUAGGAUAAGCAUGAUCUUCAGUAUGAAUAACGUUUUGGUGAACAGUUUGAUGAGUUUAUGCAUGGGUUUCAAUGCCAAUCUAAUGUGCCAGCUCUAAUUACAUAUCAAAACUAAAGCAUAUUUUUCUCGAGAGAAUUUUAGAUUUGAAAAUUAUUAAAAAAUGUUUAAAUACA